AUGGCUCUGCCGUUUUAUCGGUGCUGCGACCUCGCGCAUUUCAAUCCUGCACCAGUCGCUUGCCCAGAAGACUUCUUGGCGGCCCAGGAGUGGCUGAAGAAGGUUGUCAAUAGCGCGCAACACAGCAGCGGUGAUCUGUUCACAUAUUUCCGAUUGGACCGCAAGAACGAUCAAACGGUGAAGAUCAUGAGCAUUAAGGAGGAAGUUCUCGGGUGCCUGUUUCCCGCGUCGAGGCGCCUGAGCGUUGCCCCGAUGCUGGACGAUGGUGACCCUACCGCCGGCGCGGAGCCCGGCGGCAUUUCCAGCCAGGACGCGGCACUGCAGGCCACCUACCUGUACUACAGCGUGCUCCACUACAUUUUGAAGAAGCUCUUUCCCAAACGCGUCGAGGCCGCAUCCAGUCGCUUCGGCAGCAAGCUGACAGUUGCUCCGGAGGAUGUACCACGGGCGUUCAACUUGUUGAUGAUCCCGAUCUUCCAUUCGUCCUUGCUAGUGGUGGCAGUUAUGCUGGUGAAGGCGAUCUGGUCGCGGGACCCAACACCCCUCGGCUCGACACCCGAAGAAUUCCAGGGCAUCCCCCAUAAGGCAGGCUUCAAGUGGUUUGAAGAGCUGUUUGCCACUGAGGUCUCUUCCGAGAACGGCGAAGACUGGCAGGAUAGCGCUGCUGGCAGCACAGCUUCCGCUGCGCCGCAGCUUCCGUCAAUGCCCGGUCGCUACGUGCUGGGGCGUUUGAUGCGGCUGUGCGAGGAGCGUGAGGUGAUGGCGGAGGGGUCCACGUUCUACCCGAUCUACGAACAGCUGGGCGGGCUGCUGGAAGGCGUGUACGGAGGCUACACCGAGGGCGACCUGAAGCUUGUCUUGACGUUCGUACAGGCAUAUACCCGCCGUGCCGUCGCGCUCGCGGGGCUGGUGGCCCAGGAACUAGUCGAAGGUGUGAAGAGGCAGGAAGCGGCACAGAGGCGGCUUACGGUUCACUGCGCUGCAGGUGGCAUCAACGGCAAACCGCCGCAGAAGCCCCUGGUGCCGCAUGACGUAUUUCCCAAGAUGACAGCGGACCUGGUGGACACGAUCAUCACAACCAACCUCCAGUUGGCGUUCAACCAACACAUGUUGGUCCUCCUGGCUUGCUGCCUGUACAGCGCGGCAAAGGCCUCGGGCUACCAGCUGUCUUUCAAGGACAUCAUUGAGGUCAUUGUGGACAGGCUUCCUGACGUCUCCGCCGACGUUUUUGAAACGCAGGUUGAGCUACAGCCAGCUGUACCCGGCCCGGGGUCACCGGUCUCCAUGUCACCUUGCUGCAACAUCAGCGUUCCUGCGGUAAUGGGCGGCAUUCGAAAGUUUUACAACUCCAUUUUCCUGCUCUGUGCGGAAGGCCACGUGCGGGAAUUUGUGACCCAUGCAAGAGCGCUCAGCGCCGCUGCCAAGUCUACUACUACCUUCACACCGCACCAGCACUCCGCACCGGAAGCUUUUGGUGGCGCUUCCAUCGCCGACUUCACGUUCCAGGAUGUGACUGCUGGCAUGUCGGAAUGCCCAGCGGCCAGUCUCAAUGGCUGGGUCAAGGCAACCCCUCCGGGCAUGAUGUCCGAGGGCACUAGGGCGCCGGCGGCGAAGGCGGCGGUGAACACGAUUGGCGGCGUUGGCGGCGAGCGCCGCUACAACGCACCGCGGCAGGACCGCGCCAAGCAAAAGCUACAAGUCUACGAGGAUGACUGCGUGGGUGACUUAAUAUCCAGGGGCUUGACGAUCCGCGAUGGCGGCGCAUCACAGCAGUACGCGUCCAAAGGCGAUGAAUGCAAGUCAGCGGCGUCAAGGCGGCUCAGCGCGCCCGUUGUGUUGCAGGACCGGAAGCCCGUUGUCAAUGGUGUCAGAGAUGCAGUAGCUGCUGCUGCUGCUGCUGCUGCGGAGCAGCUGGCCAAGGAUCCUUUGGGAAAGCCUGGCAGGGCGCGCAAGUCAAUGCCGCAUGGGCUUCACGCGCUGGUAACCGCGACAGAUCGAGUGUGCAUGGAGAGCAAGGAGAACUUGGUCGGCUGUGAGACGGCGGCCGCUGACUGGUUGGGGUCCAGCACUGAUGCACACUGCAACACGGGCGGCUUUACAAAACGUAUCGGCGGCAGCUUGUCCAGAGUUCGUUGA